AUGGCAAAAGCGGGGUCGAGUCUCCUCCUCCUCCGCCUCCUCCUCCUCCUCCUCCUCCUCGCCCUGUCAUGCCGGGCAGAUGCCGAACCUGAUGAAGAGACGCAGGCAGUCGAGAUCCUCUUCCCGCGAGACAGGAGGCUGAUGUCGCGCGAGCAGGAGCAGGAGCCCGUUCUGCUUCUCCGAUUCCGUUGCUCUGCUCUCCGCAAAAGUGCCUUGUCACUCGCGAUCGCACAGAGAAGCUUGAUGGAGGGGAAGAAGGAGUUCCAAGCAGAACCAUGCAGGGAUGACCAGACUCAUGAAGAUCGCUUUUACAGCUUGACGAGGCCAACAAACAUACACGUCCACGACAGGUUCGAUGUGAUCAAAGUGAGUUUGCGAGUCGAAGAGAGCCAGGAACGAAAGGAAGGAAAGGAUCACAGCGAACUGUUCACUACCAGCUGUCACUUCUGGUGGCCUCCUCAAGAUUCUUCUCGCAGUGUUCUCCUGCUCCUCCCCUCCUUCUGCUUGUCCAACUACAUCAUCUGGAAACACCUCAUCACCGAGAUCGCGUCAUUGUAUGCAAAUGUCGUGCUGCCGGUCAAAGAGGAGGAGAAAAGACUGUUUCAUGUCUUUGUCAAGGACUACGUCAACGUCCAGCCCCUCCCCUUCCGCCAUCUGUCCGACCUAUCGAAACUCUUGGAUGAGCUGACAGGAGACACCGAGGUAGUCGGAGCAGGACAAUGGAAACCAGACGAGGAAGCGACAAUGCAGGAGAAGCUAUCAAGAGCUUCAGAUGAAGUUUGUCCCCUAGGAGACUCACAAUCGCGAGUCGCGUUUGUCUGGGAUGUUGCUCAAUCUCCAUGCGGGAUGUUCAGACAUUUGCCGGAGAUGCGCAACGUGACGACCAAGAGGAAAUUUUCAAACUCGGAGGAGCGGGAGGAGGGGCGGGAGAGCUUGUUCCUUGCUCCUCACCUACUGGAGCAGGCGGAUGAGAUUCAUCUUCGUCACAGUUUUUUCGCCGUGUGGGUCGAUCGGCUCAACGUCUCCCGCGCCUCUCGCAGAGUUAUCUACGUGUGCGCGCGUGAUGAGCUGACGGAGAAUGAGCGAUGUGGACGAGCAGGAGCAGGAGCAGGAGCAGGAGCAGGAGCAGGAGCAGGAGCAGGAGCAGGAGCAGGAGCAGGAGCAGGAGCAGGAGCAGGAGCAGGAGCAGGAGCAGGAGCAGGCACAGGAGGAGCAGCAGGGAGGUGCGAGUUGGUGCUAAAGUCAAGGGAAUGGAUCUAUCACAAUCAUGAUUGGGAGUUUGUUUGCCUGCUGCCUGCCGACGGUACCGAUAAGAUCACUCGAGAGAAUGUCAAGGAAAAGUUGAACAGCCGAAUACCCAUGGACGAAUUUACCCCUCAAUUCUACCAGAAUUAUGAAAUCUGCGACGACAACUACAUCUCCUGGCGAAAGGAGGGGGAGGAAGAGGGUGCUGCCUGCUUGUCUUCGCUACUUGGCAUGCUGGGCUCUGCCUCCGAGCAUCAUUUUCAUCACGAACUUCUUCUCUCGAGCGCCCCCGGAGAAGAAUUUGCUGAGCGGCAACAACACAUGCAGAAACUCGUCGAAUCUCUGGGACAUCCUUCCCUAUGGGUGAUGGCAGUUGAACGGACGAUGGUGACGAAAGGAGGACGGCUGCAAGCUUGUCGCUUCUUCAGGGAAGCCUAUUACGCAAACGCAAUCAAUCACAUGGUAAAAGUUUGCAUUCUUGCAAACUCUGCUGCAAGAGCAAGAAGAUAA